UGCCCUGACAAUGGAAACCCCUUUGAUGGUCCUGCCUCUCAUGCCUUGCUCCCAGCUGCCCCUGGGACAGCUGAUCUCCUCCAGCAGUCCCUGGAGCCAGCAGCUCCCUCUGGGAUCCACUGGGGGAUCAUUUUGGGGCAGUGGGAGGGGGCUGGGACCCACGGAGCAAUAAGGACACCAUCACCACUGGGGUGCCCCAGCCCUACGGCCAGCGGCUGCAUCAGCGAGGCCGAGGGCCCUGGGGAUGCAGAAAUGAACCGGCCGUCCUGCUAAACUCAACACCCUGGGUCAGUUUCACUUUCACACUCACCUGCCCACAGGCCCAGUGACCUCCUGGCUGCCUGGUAUCUGAGCAGGCGCCUCCCUCUCGCCAGCCACAAGAGUUUCCAUUGCGCGCCCGGGCUGCUCACUCUGGAGCAGCCGUUACGUGCCGUCCCUGGGUCCCGUCUGCUCAACAGUCCCGGUCUGUGACUCCUGGGGUGGCUCCCAGCCCGCCGAGAGCAUGGGGCGGCUGCCAGCCCCUAGCAUUAUCUGCUUCAUCAUCUUCAUCAUCCCCUCGAUAGCAGCUGAUCUCGGGGUUCAGCAGCUGCCCCCCAAGGUGAGCGUCCCAGCCGGGGGCAGCAUCACCCUGAGCUGCACCUUCCACAGCCGCAACCGGACCGGGACACAAGUCACCUGGGCCAGGGGCUCCCGGGAGGCCGUCGUGCUGGACCCCGCCCACCCCUUCUACCAGGGGCGGCUGGCCCAGAGCCGGCGGGAGCAGCAGGGCUGGGCGGAGGCCACGGUGACCCUGUCGGAGCUGAUGGAGAGGGAUUCGGGUCUCUACCACUGCUACAUCACGUACCCACAGGGCGAGCAGGCGAAGGGCACGGGGACCACCCUGACUGUGAUAGGCAGAGCUGUUGCAGAAAUUCCAGCCGGCUGCAAGAGAGCACUGGUCCCAAAUCUCGGAGCGUCUGGCCAGAAACCGGCUGGUCUGAGAGUUUCUCAGGAGCCCAGGUCCCUCCACGCCACAGCUGGGGAGAACGUGACCCUGAGCUGCACCUUCUGGAACAGAAACAGCAGCAGAGCCAAGAUCAUUUGGCUCAGGGGAUCCGGAGAAGAUCUGGAGCUGGAUUCUAACCACCCCGUCUACCAGGGGCGGCUCCGUGUGUCCAGGAUGGACGAGCACAGACAGGGGAAGGCGACGCUGACCCUGGCUGAGCUGCAGGAGUGGGACUCUGGCCUCUAUCAGUGCUGCAUCGAACUCGACGGUGGGGAGACAGGGAUGGGAGGAGGUACCGAGCUGAGAGUGAUGGGGAGACACCAGAGUGCGACUGGGGCUCCACGGGGACGUGAGCUCUGUCGGGACUCGGGGCCCCUCUUUUACCGAGCCAUCAUCUCCCUGUCGCUCGUCAUUCUCUUCUCCCUGGGAAUCAUCCUCAGCCUGCGGCCUUGGAACGGCGUCCCCGUGGAUCCCGCAGUGCAUGCUGGCUCCAAAGUGCCCCCGGCACCAGGGCAGGUGUCUCUGAUUUAGCUGCUCAGGGGGCCGGUCACUGGCAGGAUUUUCCCAGCUCUGGUUCAGAAGCUGUCAGACUUUGCUGGACUCUGAGUCGCCUGCCAGGGGCUUCUCUGCUCUCCUCUGCUUCUGUCUGUGGGUCUGGCCGGUACAGCUUGGUAUGAGAAGAACAGUAAAGAAAAGGAAAUAUUUCUCCAGAGUCAUUCCUCGGGGGACAAUAUUUUUCCAUUUACAAAACUACAUUGAACGCUGUAACGGAGUCGGCUGCCAGAGAAAACCGAAUUCGAGAGAAAACCUACCUGGUUUAUACAGGACAAAACUGUCUGGAGCAGGCUUGAUUGGAUAGAAGGAAUUUGCCGCUUGAAAGAGAGACGUGUUGCAAAAAAUAUAUUUCAAUG